AUGGCGCCGAAAGCGAAGAAGGAAGCUCCUGCCCCUCCCAAAGCCAAAGCUAAAGCGAAGGCCUUGAAAGCCAAGAAGGCAGUGCUGAAAGGCGUCCACAGCCACAAAAAGAAGAAGAUCUGCACAUCGCCCACUUUUCGGCGGCCCAAGACCCUGCGGCUACGAAGGCAGCCUAAAUACCCCCGGAAGAGCGCGCCCAGGAGGAACAAGCUUGACCACUAUGCCAUCAUCAAAUUCCCCCUGACCACCGAGUCAGCCAUGAAGAAGAUAGAAGACAACAACACGCUUGUGUUCAUUAUGGAUGUCAAGGCUAACAAGCACCAGAUCAAACAGGCUGUGAAGAAACUCUAUGACAUCGAUGUGGCCAAAGUCAACACCCUCAUAAGGCCCGACGGAGAGAAGAAGGCAUAUGUUCGGUUGGCUCCUGAUUAUGAUGCUCUGGAUGUUGCCAACAAAAUUGGAAUCAUCUAAACUGAGCCCAGCCGGCUAAUUCUAAAUAUACACUUUU